AUGUCUUUCUAUUCUCAGUGGUACGAGCAAAGUGUCUGUCUUCGUGGCAACAACGGUGCCAUCAAUCGUAUUGGUGAAAAGGUGGAUGUGAGCGCCGGUGGGGUCCAAGUGGAUUUGACACCCAUUCAGGUUACCAUCUCCUCUGUCAAGAACAGACUUAUCUACAACGAGCAGUAUAAACCCUCCGAAAGUACGAGCCUUGACAAAAAAAUUCACACCAGGGAAAGUAGCGUCGCCUCCAAUGAGCUCAAGACCUCCUCUUCGCACGUUGGUGCCGCGGCCAACUCCGUUGCAGCGAGAUUCGUGAUGAAUCAGAAUCAUUCCAGGAGACACUCUCGUCAAGGAAGUUCGGUUUCUGACUUGGUAUAUGUUACCCCUCAGACUUCCUUGUGGGAUGACUGGCUCGUUAAAUACAUUCACGAGGAUGCGAAUACCACAAAUUCCACAGAUACCACAGAAGAAGCAUCCAUGGAACAAUGGCGACAGACAAGUGUUGAUUCGGAGAUACGCACAAAUAGUACGGAAGAGAGAUUAUGGAAAAACAAUAUUUUAGCACCGGUUGAUGAGAUGGAUACCAUUAUUUCAGAUUAUAAUCAAUCCAUGAUAGGUGCUAGCUAUGCGUACCUACUGGGCGUAAUAUUUGUAACAUUAUAG